CCAAGGUGACAAGCUGCGCACCUGGAAAGUUACCCGGCUGUCUGGUCCUUGAGCAAAAUGGGAAAUGGUUCGGUGAAACCCAAACAUUCUAAGCAUCCAGAUGGCCACUCUGGGAACCUCACCACCCAUGCGCUGCGGAGCAAGGUGACAGAGCUGGAGAGGGAGCUGAGGAGGAAGGAUGCUGAGAUCCAGGAGCGGGAAUACCAUUUGAAGGAGCUGCGGGAACAGCUGUCAAAGCAGACCGUGGCCAUUGCUGAGCUCACAGAGGAGCUCCAGAGCAAGUGCAUCCAGCUGAACAAGCUUCAGGAUGUGGUGCACAUGCAGGGAGGAAGCCCGCUUCAGGCCUCUCCAGAUAAAGUGCCUCUUGAGGUCCACCGGAAGGCCUCGGGAUUGGUCUCCCUCCAUAGCAGGAGGGGAGCAAAAGCGGGGGUGUCUGCUGAGCCUACCACCCGAACCUAUGACCUCAAUAAACCCCCUGAAUUUUCUUUCGAGAAAGCAAGAGUCAGAAAAGACUCCAGCGAGAAGAAGCUCAUUACAGAUGCCCUCAAUAGGAAUCAGUUUCUGAAGAGAUUGGAUCCUCAGCAGAUCAAAGACAUGGUGGAAUGCAUGUAUGGUAGAAACUACCAGCAAGGGAGUUAUAUUAUUAAGCAAGGAGAACCAGGAAACCACAUCUUUGUGCUAGCAGAGGGUCGACUAGAGGUGUUCCAAGGGGAGAAAUUGCUAUCAUCCAUCCCUAUGUGGACCACAUUUGGGGAACUAGCCAUUUUAUACAACUGUACAAGAACUGCCUCUGUGAAAGCUAUUACCAAUGUUAAAACUUGGGCACUAGAUCGAGAGGUAUUCCAGAAUAUAAUGAGAAGGACAGCUCAAGCUAGAGAUGAACAGUACAGAAACUUCCUCAGAAGUGUAUCCUUGCUGAAGAAUUUACCUGAAGAUAAAUUAACCAAGAUCAUUGACUGCUUGGAAGUGGAAUACUAUGACAAAGGAGAUUAUAUUAUUAGAGAGGGCGAGGAAGGAAGUACAUUCUUCAUUUUAGCAAAAGGAAAGGUAAAAGUCACCCAGAGCACAGAGGGCCAUGAUCAACCACAACUGAUAAAGACACUGCAGAAAGGAGAAUACUUUGGAGAAAAAGCUCUUAUCAGCGAGGAUGUCAGAUCAGCUAACAUCAUUGCCGAGGAAAAUGAUGUCGCAUGCCUAGUUAUAGAUCGAGAGACAUUCAACCAAACAGUCGGGACUUUUGAAGAACUCCAAAAAUACCUCGAAGGGUAUGUGGCAAACCUAAACCGUGAUGAUGAGAAAAGACAUGCAAAGAGAUCCAUGUCUAACUGGAAGCUGUCCAAAGCACUCUCUCUGGAGAUGAUUCAGCUGAAGGAGAAGGUGGCCAGAUUUUCCUCAUCAUCCCCAUUCCAGAACCUUGAGAUUAUCGCAACACUGGGCGUUGGUGGGUUCGGAAGAGUUGAGCUUGUUAAAGUGAAGAAUGAGAAUGUGGCUUUUGCUAUGAAGUGUAUAAGGAAGAAGCACAUCGUUGACACUAAGCAACAGGAGCACGUUUAUUCAGAAAAGAGAAUUCUAGAGGAGUUGUGUUCUCCCUUCAUUGUGAAAUUGUAUCGCACUUUCAAGGACAAUAAGUAUGUGUACAUGCUUCUGGAGGCCUGCUUAGGAGGGGAGCUGUGGAGUAUAUUAAGGGACAGAGGCAGCUUUGAUGAACCCACCUCCAAGUUCUGCGUGGCUUGUGUGACAGAGGCAUUUGAUUACCUGCACCGACUAGGUAUUAUCUACAGAGACCUGAAACCAGAAAACUUAAUUCUAGAUGCUGAGGGUUAUCUCAAAUUGGUUGACUUUGGAUUUGCUAAGAAAAUAGGAUCUGGACAGAAAACGUGGACAUUCUGUGGAACUCCAGAGUAUGUAGCUCCUGAAGUCAUUCUCAACAAAGGACAUGACUUCAGUGUGGACUUUUGGUCCCUGGGAAUUCUAGUGUAUGAGCUCCUAACUGGCAACCCCCCCUUUUCUGGGAUUGACCAAAUGAUGACCUACAAUUUGAUUCUCAAAGGAAUUGAAAAAAUGGAUUUUCCAAGAAAGAUAACAAGACGGCCUGAGGAUUUGAUUCGCAGGCUUUGCAGGCAAAAUCCAACGGAAAGACUUGGAAAUCUGAAGAAUGGAAUCAAUGACAUUAAGAGACACAGGUGGUUAAAUGGUUUUAAUUGGGAGGGACUGAAAGCGCGGAACCUUCCAUCACCUUUACAGAGAGAGCUGAGUGGACCCACAGACCACAGCUAUUUUGACAAGUAUCCCCCUGAAAAGGGUGUGCCUCCAGAUGAGCUGUCAGGCUGGGAUAAAGACUUCUGACUGAAGAAAAGACGAUUCCUGCCUCUGCAUACAAAAGACUAUAAGGACCGAUAACCCAGUAGUGAUCAUUUCUCUCUUUGAAGUAUUAUAAUAUUUGUUGGAAGACCAUUAGGGAAGAGGAAUCCCUGACCAUGAGCUGGGUGGCAGAUGUGAUUGUGAA